AUGCGCUACAAUGAAGCAUGUGACGAGCGAAACUCAUGGAUUCAACAGUUCGAGCGGUUUAGCGCCGAACAACAGCAAAUUUUACAGCAAAAGAAUGAACGUAUUAAACAACUCGAAGAAGAAAACAGAGAGCUGCUUGACCGCGCUUGUAGAACUGAGUCUCAUUUUACCCAGUUAAUUGCCGAAACUCACGCCAAAUGCAAAGCCGUUGUUGAACAGGCCAGAAGUUCGGAAGAAACCGCCCAGAGGCAAAAAAAUGACUGCGUUGUCAAAUAUGCUCAGCGGGAAAAGGAUAUACUGGUGCUGGAGGCCAGUCAGGAAAAACACCUUCAGCAGAUCGUUCAGCUGAAGAAGGAGCGAGAUGCUGUUACUUCUCAAUUAAGAGCUGUCAAGAAUGAGAAACAGCAGUUGACACAGUGUCUCAGUAGGAAGAAGUCGAGGACAGACGUCGAAAACUUAGAAAAACAGCUCAAGAGGUUGCGAGAGGACGGAGAAGUUUUGGAAAAAAUAAAUGUCCGUGAAAUCAAAGAACUUCCUGAAUCAAAGUUGCCCGAUACAGCAGAGAUGAAAAACCAUAAUAUCAAAUCCACACAAGAACGGCUACAGCAGGCAGAAACAAAGAUAAGCCAGUUGGAGAACGAGAACUCAAGUUUUCGCAUGCAGUCGAACUCCUUGAGACAGUCAAUAGAACAUCUCAAUCUGGACUUGAACGAGAGUUCAAAGAGGAACGUCGAACUGCAGAAGCGAGUCAACGAAUUGAUGCAAUUACUGGAGGAACGUGAUGUCAGCGAACAAGAAACUGAAGCCUGCCGCUCCAGAGCAGAACAUCUCCUUGCGCUUAAUCAGAAAAUUGCCGAAGCUAACAGUCAGCUGAAUGCAGAGAAAUAUAGUCUUACUAGUCAGUUGAUUUUACAGCUGAACCAGCUUCAAGUCAAAGCAGAACAACUUGGUCAGAAUUGUCUGCUCAUGGAAGCAAAGGUUUCGAAAAAGGACGAAGAGCUUAAAAAGCUAAAGGCGGAAACGGUGGUACAUACUGAAGAUCUGAGAGCUGAAAUCGAGAAGAAAGCGGUAAAAGAGAUCCAGUUCUUAAAGAACGAUGUCAACGACGACGCAGUGGAAGUUCAUUCGGUCCUACAAGCCGAAGGUGCAGGGUUUGAAGGGCUAGACGUGUCUUUUCUUUAUUAA